AGAAGAACCAUUGGAGAUCCUUAAGCCUCUGACUGAUGUGGACACAAUGGAGAACCAAACUAUCACACUAGAGUGUGAAGUGUCCAAGCCUGACAUACCUGCCAAAUGGUACAUUGAUGGCAAAGAGAUCCAACAUGGUGGCAGAUAUGAGAUCCGUAUUGAGGGUACAAACCACUUCCUUACUAUCAAGGAAGUACAGCUUGAUGAUGAAGGUGACUAUACAAUCAAGAUAGCUGAUAAACAAUCAACUGGUGGUGUCUUCGUUGAGGAGGAACCAGUCGAAUUCAUCCGUAAACUUGAAGACCAAGAUGUUACUGAAAUCCCUGGAACUGCAACAUUUGAAUGUGAGCUCUCUAAAGAGGUCCCAGUUCAAUGGUUCAGGCAUGAUAAACCAAUCACAGCUGGUGAUAAAUAUGACAUUAUUGCUGAGGGUAGAGUCCACCGUCUCAUUGUGAAGAAUGUCAAUGGUGAUGAUGAGGCAGACUUCCAUGUCACUGCUCGUGGUAAAAAAUCAACAGCAGGACUUUUCAUUGAAG